AUGCCUCACAAAGACUUCCCCAUCAGACCUCUAGUCCGUGCUUUUGACCCCGUUGGUCCAGACACUCUUGGACCUCCCGACCUUGACUUUGCUUCACUGUUCAGAGAGACAAACGUCCCUGAAGAUGCUCCUCUAACGCUGUAUCCUGAACAGCUGAACGUUCCGUGGCAUACUUCUCUCCCAUGGGUGAGACAGUCCAAGUGGUGGAUUCAGGGUGAAGCAGCUGGACGGGACUUGGUGAAUCGAAUCAGUGCCGACAAAGCGUCUGAGAGAGGAGCUCUACCAGUGGAGUUUAUGGACGAGCGCCGAAAGGGAAAGAUUAACGAGCUCGUCGAAGAUGCGGUUUCAUGCGCCGUUUACCUCUAUCCGUCGGCGUCGCGAACUCGAAUAGAACUGUUGACGCAGGCUCUUCUUCUUUUAUAUUUCCACGAUGAUGUUAUGGAACGCGGUGCAACACAAGAUGAAACAACAGUUGCUGAUGACUUCGUGACUAUGAAGCCUAAGAACAAGCACAUGAAGCGAUUCUACGAUGAAGUUAUGGAAUGUGAUCCCAUUCUUGGCCCUGGCCUCCUCCGAGCCAUUGGUCUCUUUGUCAGUGCAGGCCGCAAAAAGUCACCAUUCAAGCAAGACACAUACGCAACUUUGGCUGAGUACGUGGACUACCGCCGCCACGAUAUUGCCAAACCCUUCAUGGUUGCCGCUAUCCGCUUCGGAACCGGUAUUCACCAUACUCCCGAGGAAAUCGCUCCCUUUGAGGAGCUAGAAGAGCUCUACGUUCUUCACUCUAUGCUCAUCAACGAUCUCUACUCCUACGAUAAGGAGAUCCACGAGUCGCGCACCAUCGGCGCCUCUGUCGUCAACGCAGUACAUGUCAUUGAAAAGCUCAUGUGUGUGCCGCCGCAUUUGGCAAAGACUAUUACUCGAACUAUGAGCUUCGACGUUGAGAAGAAGUAUUACGCCGAGUCGGAGAGGUUCAUGCGUGAUCCGGCGCUGAGCGAUGACCAGCGUACUUAUGUCAUUGCACUUUUUGAUUGUUUGACUGGGAAUCUAUUCCAUCAUGCUACGUUGGGAAGAUACACUCCAUAUGCGGAGUAUGUUUUUGAUUGCAAGACUUAG